CCUCCUCCCUUGAAUAAAACACACCUCAUAGCCUGACAAAAUAGCAAUGGGCUGCACUUGCUCCAAACAGCGUCUUGCCCAUGAAGAUCCAGCAGUUCUUGCUACCCAAACCUGCUUCAACGUAUCUGAAAUUGAAGGACUCUCUGAGUUGUUCAAGGAGCUGAGUAGUUCCACAGUUGAUGACGGCCUUAUCACAAAAGAAGAGUUUCGGCUGUGCUUAUUUGGUAGUAGCAAGGUACAGAGUCUGUGUGCUGACCGGGUUUUUCAUUUGUUUGACUCAAAAAAUGACGGAGUAAUAGAAUUUGGAGAGUUUGUUCGAGCUCUGAGUGUCUUUCAUCCAGUUGCGCCGCAGGCACAAAAAGCAGCUUUUGCAUUUCAAAUCUAUGAUAUAUGGCAAACAGGCUUCAUUGAACGUGAUGAGGUAAGAGAGCUGGUAUUGGCUCUUCUAAGAGAGUCGGACUUGAUUCUUUCUGAAUACUUAAUUGAGGCCAUAAUUGAUCAGACAUUUAAAGAAGCAGAUCUAAAAGGAGACGGGAAGAUCGAUCUAGAGGAGUGGGAAGAGUUUGCAGCUCAAAACCCAUCCAUCCUGAGAAAUAUGACAAUUCCAUACUUGAAGGAUCUUAAUUCUCAAUUUCCUAGGAAAUGAUACAAAGCAGAGCAGCGUGCGAAAAGAGAACACUAGCUCAAGAUUAAUAGUAUCUGUAUUAAUGUUAUCCUGUAUCCUGUAUAUUUAAGGGGAGAAAACCAACUGAACAAUGUAAAUCAUAUUUACGUUAUACAUAAAUUGGUAAGUGCUAUUCGUCCUUGUGGAUUAUCAUAUCCUUCAAGUUCAUGGGAUGGCACAUUUUAGUAUGCAGGCCAUUCCAUACGUUGUCUGCCAGAAUUUCAUUCACUGAAUCAGUUGGAUGGAACUGGUCCCACCAGAUAUAGUUGGAAGCAUUACUGCACGCCAUUUCUGGCGAUAAGCACAUGAUCCACCCCUUGUACUUCCCAAAUCCACAGCAUGCUUCCUUAGUUUCGUUAAAACCUGAUCAGGAAGCAUAAAGCUGAGUUAGACAUUAUGCUUAUUUUGUGAUUUAUGAAGGACAUUAAGAGUUAAAACAAACACUAGAGUGCUUCGUAGUAGUACCAUAAUGUUCAUGGUUCUUUAGAAUAUCCAUUGAACCUUGCAAAACAUCACAGAAGAUGAUAUUGAAAUCGGCGAGCUCCUGGGUAAGCUUCUCUA